AUGGAGCUGGUUUUAAACCGAGCGGAUUAUUUACAGGUGGGAGUGACUUCUCAGAAGACUAUGAAGCUGCUUCCUGCCUCAAAACAUAAAGCUACACAAAAGGUGGUUAUUGGAGAUCAUGAUGGGGUGGUUAUGUGUUUUGGCAUGAAGAAAGGAGAAGCAGUGGCAGUGUUCAAGACUUUACCGGGGCAGAAGAUUGCAAGGCUGGAACUAGGAGGGGUUCUUAACACACCGCAGGAGAGAAUUUUUAUUGCUGCGGGAUCUGAGAUUAGAGGCUUCACAAAGAGAGGAAAACAGUUCCUCUCUUUUGAAACAAACCUCACUGAAAGCAUUAAAGCUAUGCACAUAUCUGGCUCAGACCUCUUUCUCAGCGCAAGUUACAUCUAUAACCAUUACUGUGACUGCAAAGACCAACAUUAUUACCUUUGUGGGGAUAAAAUCAAUGAUGUCAUCUGCCUUCCAGUGGAAAGAUUACCUCGUAUUGUACCAAUAUUGGCCUGUCAAGACAGAAUGCUCAGAGUUUUACAGGUUGCUGUUAUUUGCAUUUUUAUAAUUUUACAUAUUUUAGGUAUUUUGUGUAUUGACAGCUUUGACAUUGUGGGUGAUGGGGUUAAAGAUUUGCUUGUUGGGAGAGAUGAUGGAAUGGUCGAAGUGUAUAGUUUUGAUAAUGCAAAGGAGCCUCUUCUACGAUUUGAUCAGAGUGAUGUUCCAAUAGAUUUACUUGAUGUGGAUAAAAACUCUGCUGUUGUUAGCUUUAGCAACUGUGAUUCUGAGGUGACAAAGUUGUGUAUAUUUUCCUGUAGGAGUGAGUUGGAACAUCUGCAGUAUAAAGUGUUGCAGGAAAGAGAGAACUAUCAACAGUGUUCUCAGUUAAGCAAAGCAAAAUCAGUAGUACCUUCAUUUAGCAUAAAUGACAAAUUUACAUUAAAUAAAGAUGAUGCCAGCUACACCCUUAUCUUAGAGGUGCAGACUGCAAUAGAUAAUGUCUUAAUACAGUCAAAUGACAACUUUCUUCUCGCCACUUAUCGGUGCCAGGCAAAUACCACUAGGCUGGAACUCAAGAUUCGCUCAAUUGAAGGCCAGUAUGGCACACUUCAAGCAUACGUGACUCCAAGAAUUCAGCCCAAAACCUGUCAGGUCCGCCAGUACCACAUCAAACCUCUUUCACUCCAUCAAAGAACUCACUCUAUUGAUCAUGACAGACCCAUGAAUACACUGACUCUAACAGGCCAGUUCAGUUUUGCUGAAAUUCACUCCUGGGUGGUUUUUUGCCUGCCUGAAGUUCCUGAAAAGCCUCCUGUAAAAUGUGUGACAUUAUACUUUCAGAACACCUUCCUGGAUACACAACUUGAAAGUAUCUACAGAAAAGGAGAAGGAGUUUUUAAAUCUGACAACAUUUCUACUAUAUCCAUCCUAAAAGAUGUGCUUUCUAAAGAAGCUACGAAAAGGAAAAUUAACCUCAACAUAACAUACGAGAUAAAUGAAGUAUCAGUCAAACACACUUUAAAGCUAAUCCACCCAAAGUUGGAAUACCAGUUGCUUUUGGCUAAGAAAGUGCAGUUAAUUGAUGCUUUAAAAGAAUUGCAGGUUCAUGAGGGAAAUACAGACUUUCUGAUACCAGAAUAUCGCAGUAUUCUAGAAGAGGCAGAUCAUCUACAGGAAGAAUACAAAAAGCAACCUGCACAUCUUGAAAGACUCUAUGGCAUGAUUACAGACCUUUUCAUAGAUAAGUUUAAGUUCAAAGGCACCAAUGUAAAAUCAAAAGUACCUCUUCUACUGGAGAUUCUGGACAGUUAUGACCAAAAUGCAUUGAUUGCUUUCUUUGAUGCAGCAUGA